CCGUCCAAGGAGAGACAACCAAUAGCAUGGGCUCCAUCUUGUCAAGCCCUGCUGUUGGCACCGCGGCCAGCAGCUCGGGAGUGACAGCAAAGCAGCAACGGCAGCCUUUCCACGUCAAGAAAGUCGCCAUCAUCGGGGCGGGGCCGGCUGGCCUGGCUGCCGCCAGAUAUCUCAUGGCCCAAGGUGCCGUCGACUCCAUCACCAUAUUCGAGCAGCAGGAUCAAGUCGGUGGCGUCUGGUACUACAGCAGCCUUGCGCCGAAGGAGGUGCCUGUGCCGCAGCAGGAUCCGUUCUGGGGCCCAGAGCCGUCCAUCUGGCCUGAAGGAGCACCAGCGCCGAUUUUCCCCUCGCCCAUGUAUGAGAGGCUUCAUGCAAACAUCCCUGGAUGCCUGAUGCAGUUCCAUGAUACGGCGUUUCCGGCAGACGAAUGGCUGUUCCCCAAAAGGGAGGCGAUUCAAGAUUAUCUUGUCCGAUAUGCUGGAGAUCUGAGGCAUCUUAUCAAAUUCCGCCACCAGGUGACGCAGGUCAACUUGGAAACUCGAGAUGGCAGGGACCGAUGGCAUUUGGAAGCAUCAUCCACACUGAAUGAUGGUGAAAUCGUUCGGGACACGUAUGAUGCCGUUGUCGUCGCCAAUGGCCACUAUUCAGUGCCCUUCAUACCUGCCAUCAAGAAUAUACAGGAGUUCAACGAAGCCCAUCCCUCGGUCAUCAGCCAUUCGAAGCAAUAUCGAAAGAACGAACACUUUAGAGGGAAGAAGGUUGUGGUCGUCGGCAACGGGCCGUCUGGUCUCGACCUGGCUCUUCAAAUCAACCAAGUGGCUGGUAGGACGCUCAUGUCCGUUAGACACGCUACAUCGCCCGAUAAAAUUUCUCACAUCGGAUGUGAAGAAGUCCCCGAAAUUGUCGAAUUAUUACCAGAUCAACGAGGCGUUCUUUUUAAAGAUGGAAACAAAGAGAUAAAUAUAGAUUAUAUUGUGUUCUGCACAGGGUUUUUGUUUGGCUACCCUUUUCUCAACAGCCUCGGCCGCAAGAUCAUAACUUCUGGGCGAGGCAUUCAUGGUUUAUACCAACACUUGUUUCUCAUCGAGCAUCCGACAUUGGUUUUCCCAGCCUUGAAUAUGAAGUCUGUUCCAUGGCCCCUGGCAGAAGCCCAAGCCGCGGCAUUCUCGGCGGUAUGGUCCAAUGAUCUAGCACUACCCUCCGACAACGAGAUGGAGAGAUGGAGCAAAGAGCUGGAAGAGACACAAGGAGAGGCACUACACAUAUACCCGGAGUUGGGAGAUGAUGGCAAGCACAUCAACGAGUUUUACGACUGGGUAACCAAGGCGAAACAUGUCGGCAAGCAACCUCCGCACUGGGAAGGCGAGCAGUUCUGGCAGAGGAAACUAGCUCCACAAGCCAAGACUAAAUUUGAAGAGGGUGGAUGUAAAGCCAAGACUCUGGCUGAUCUUGGUUACCAUUAUGAACCUGACAAGGAAUAA